AUGAAGGCGCCAGGGCAAUUCGUAGUGCCACGCGGCCUUGGCUCCUUGAGCCAAGCGUUGCAAGCCCGGAAACGGUCUUACGAUGAGGCCUUUCAGGAGAACAAGAAGGUGUACGAUCUUUCGCAAUCGCGAAGCUAUAUGAGAACGGAGUUGGUGGACUCCAGCUUCAUGACGCUGACGAAGAACAGCUCUACGAUCUUCUCUAGCAAGCACAAUCGAUCUCUCGCAGCUCAGGAAUUGUUCACUGCGUCGGCGACUGGCAGCCCCGUCAUCGACAUCAGCAACUUGCCAUCCAGCUGA